AUGCUGCUGAAUCAGGCCCCUCGGGGGUCCUUCAGUGUUCCUGUUAACAUCACCCUGCAGGGCGCCCGAAAACGUCACAAGCGAGAUGUCAUCCAUCAGCAAAACCAGCUGCAGGAAAACUGGAGGAAAGAAAGAGAAAUGAAGGGAAAUGAGAAAGCCAGAACUCAAGUUCCCGAGUCCAGCAGUGUGGGAGAAGAUCGAGCCAUCCUACUUGGUUUCACCAUGAUGAUCUUCUCCAUCCUCAUGUACUUUCUGGUGGGAAUCGCAAUGGUGAAACCAUGUCUUAACAGCAUUGAUUGGACCGACUCCAACUGCACAUUGAUCCAGGCUGAUUUUCUGACUGAAGUGAUGGACUGCCGUGGCAUUAUAAGCUAAUGUCUGCACGUUCUGGUCACCGUCACGGAUCUUGAAAAAACAGUUUCAACUUCACUAUAUUUAGAUGAACAAAUUAUGUUCUAAUUUCUCACGCCUUCCUUUCUCUCAGUGUUUCUACACACCAAAUGCCAUAAAAACAAAACGGAACAAGAGACUGAGGCUAAUAGCAUCCAAAGUACGUUGUUAAGUUAUCAGGGGGAAAGCAUAAAAUGCUAUCUCAGUGUUAAAUACCCGGAUGUCGCCCUCUUGAGGAGCAAAUACUCAGUGCAAAUGGCCUUGUAUUACCUGUUGUGGCCCAGCCUCAUGUUUUUUACUGGUAUUCUCUUAGUGGGGCUGGUAAAGUUCAACCAAUGCCUGGCUCACCUCUGUACUGAGAUAAGUCGAGAUGAGAUACUUGGUAAACAGAGUAAACUCAGAGAGGGUGGGAUCUACAGGAUGUUAAGGUGCAAGCCUGGAGGCAUCAAGGAGCGGAAUGACUCUAGUUAG